AAGGCUUGUGCGCAUUCAGAAGGAGCAAGGAGAAAAAGCACUCCGCCAUGUGUGCAUAGCAUUGCGGAUAAAGAUGCUCAAUACAGCUGAAAUAGCAUUUUUGACUGAGUACGCUGCUGUAAUGAAGCCUGCUGCCAUGGCCCUGAACAUCCUCCAAGGGCAAUCAUCAUUGCAUAUGGGCUUCCUGCUGCCAUGGCCCUGAACAUCCUCCAAGGGCAAUCAUCAUUGCAUAUGGGCUUCCUGCUGCCAUGGCCCUGAACAUCCUCCAAGGGCAAUCAUCAUUGCAUAUGGGCUUCCUGCUGCCAACACUUCACCAGUUGCAGGACAAGCUGAAGAAGUUGCAGUCAUCUUGCAAAGUGUGUAGACCUCUCAUUGAUGUCCUGCAGGAGGUUUUGGAGAGAUGAUUGAUGAAUCCAUGAGUUGAUAUACUCCUACCAAAAUUCAGGACAUCCUGGACCACUGAUGAGAGCAUCUUAAAUGACGAAGGCUAAUUGAUGAUUAGAAAACGAAAGGAAACGUGCCAAGUAUCAGGAGCUGGUGGAGGACUGCAGGGGCAGGGGCUGGAGGACUUUCUAUGAGCCAAUAGAAGUUGGCUGCCGUGGCUUUGCAGGACGCUCCCUCUGCAAAGUGCUUGGCCGAUUGGGAGUCACAGGGGCGGCCAAAAGCAGGGCCAUUCAAUCCGCAAGUGAAGCGGCAGAGAAAGCCACGAGGUGGUUGUGGCUGAAAAGGGCAGAUCCGUGGGUUGCUACUGGGACACAAGCAGGGACUUGAUCACCCCGGCUGGGUCGCCUGGACGAGGGUGUAUGAUGUUGUGAGACCCGAAACACCCGAUGAAUCCAGGAUACAUCACUGAUGAUGUGUCCCAGUGCAUCCAGGAGAUGUAUCUUUCAAGUUUCUGUCUGGCUAAGCCAGUGACUCCUAGGAAAGACUGGGUGGCAACCAAGAACAGUUUGGUCGACUACUGGAGAGACAGUUGGCAGCUCGGACAGACGGCACCCGGGACAGUAUGGGUUAGCACCCCAGCCUGUAUCUUUCGUGAGAAAGAACCCACAUAAGCUACGGAAAACCCUACAGAGCAAUACCCCCAGGAGAUCCCGAGAGGGGGGGAGGAUGAGAUCUCCAAUCGGACGGACCAAAGGUUAACGACCCCCGCAAACGAACUGACUACGAGUAUGACAUGUAUCUGCGGCAAGCUGUGCAAAAAUCAACGUGGCUUAAGAAUCCAUCAGGCCAGAAUGAAAUGUUUGGAGCGGGAGAGCGAGGUUCAACGCACAGGUCCUGGACCUGGUGAGACGCAGGAGGAGCCCGGACAGGAGACACCCCACAGAUCCCAGUCCCUCCACGUACCAAAGUCUCUCAAUCCCAGCAGAGUAGUUCCACAGCAGCGGAUUAAAUGGCCCCAAGCAAACAGACAGAGCGAGUGGCUGCAGUUUGAUGAGGACGUGUCCAACAUCAUCCAAGCCACAGCCAAAGGAGAUGUCGACAGCAGGCUCCAGGCAAUGAGUACCAUCAUCGUCAGCUAUGGCUCACAAAGAUUCGGACGGAUGGAGAAGGGCAACACUGAGGCCACCCCCUACACCAUGAACCGCAGGGCCACUAAGAUACACCAACUGCGGCAGGAGCUUCGAACCCUCAGGAAACAGUUCAAGAGAGCUGCCGAGGAGGACAAACAACCUUUAGAAGAGCUGCGCAACAUUCUGCAGAAGAAGCUGACAACUCUCCGCAGAGCAGAGUGGCCCAGGAGGCGUGGAAGAGAGAGAGCUAGGAAGCGAGCAGUCUUCAUUGCCAACCCCUUUCGGUUUGUGAACACAAGCGCAGUGGCCAGCUCGAGUGCCCAAGAGAGGAAGUGAAUCGCUUCUAAAGUAACGUUACUCUUACUUGACUACAAUUUCUGGCUACUCUACCCACCUCUGCAUAGGACUUAGUAGGUGUCAUGACAUGCAGUACAAGUGACUGUGGUACACAAUGUGACCAGCAGAUGGUGCUAGAUAAUGAUGUUCAAGUAAAGACACAAGCGCUCUUUCAACCCUCUGCGCAUCCACUCGGCGCAGACGUGAUCCCAUGUACAAAUAUCGCGACAUGCUAAUUUAGCCGCUAUCAAAACAACUGCUGAUUUCCAUCCAUCCAUCCAUUUCC